UAGAUGGAGCCAUUUUUUUGGCCAAAUAGGAAGAUUGGAGGGAAAAUUGCAAAAUUUAUUUGUGCAAAACAAACCAAUUUUACAAAAUUACCCCUUAAAUUAUUCCAAAGUCCAAUGUAAGAGUUGAUGAAAACAGUCUAUUUUAGUAUUCUGUCUUAAGUCUUCAACAGUAGACAUACUGCCGAAUUUCCGGAAUCCCCCAAAAAAUAAUAAAAAGAAAUUAAAGAAGAAAAAGAUUAGAGAAGAAAAGAAAAAAAGAAUCCUUUUUGAUUUAAACCCACUUCCCAAAAUCAAAAACAUUAAAAACCCCCUUCACAUUCUUGCCUCUUCUUCUCUAAUUUUCUCUCUCUAAAAACCCCCUAAAUUUUUUUAAAAGUUUGAUGUUCUUUUGAUUUUGUCACUAGAAAACAAAAAGUUUGAAUCUUUUUUCUGUUGGGAAUUUUUGCGUGCAUAUAAUUUCUGGGUUUAACUGCAUUCAUCAGCUGCUUUGUGAAGUAAUAAUUUCAGUUUCAUCAGGGUCUUUGGAAGUGUUCAGAUUUGGGGAUUUUGGUUGGUUGGUGGAUUUAUGGAGAGUUGAUUGAGAAUUUUACAUAAGCUUUGAUUUUUGAAGAAUUGGGUAAAGUAAUGGAAUUAAGGGGUUGAAUUUAUAUUUAGGUGUUGUGAUUUUAUUGGGUUUUUUGUUAGUUGAAUGAGAUGAGAGAAGGUUUGAGGUCAAGUAGUUCGAAGAAGGAGGAUGGUAAGGUUGAUUUAGUCCAUAAUGAUGGUGAUUUAAGAAGGGUUAAAAUACCUGAUUUGAAUUUAGAGGAUGACCCGGAUGAUGUUUUGUGCGAGGAAACGGGCAAAUCGUGCUGUGAAGUGAGCAAAACUGAUGGGAAGUCCAAUGGUUUAGUGUGUGAGAAAGAGGGUUUGUGUGAGAAUGAGGCUAAGGGUAUGGAAGUUGAGAAUGAAGAGGAGAAAGAUGGGUCUAGGACUGUCGAAUGUAAGUACGACGUUGGAAGCGAGAGAAAGGAGAUGGAGGUAGGUGUAGGUGGUGGGGAAGUGGGUGAUGCUGGUGGCAGUCCACAGGUUUGCUCAACUAGGGGAAUUAAUGAUGAAAAGAAACUUGAUGAGUGUUGUGGGAAUGUGGAGCAAGAGAGUGAUGUUGGCGGAGAGCAGAAGGAGGCAGGAAUGGAGGAGUUGAAUUGUUCUGUUGAUUGGGUGUUGGAGCCAUGUCCAGCUGUUCUCAAGGAUGUUGAUAAGGAUGAGGGUUUUGCGGAUGAUAAUUCGAAUGUGCUUUCUCCAAUGGUGAAAGGGGAAGGGAAGGAGAAUUUGCAGAAGAGUUUUAGAUGUGUUGAUGUUAAUAGCGAUCUCAUGACCGAAGGAAGGGAAGAGCAUGUGGACAUUGAUCCUAGAACGUCUGAGCAUAUGGAAUCUAAUCCUGGUGCACUAAUCAAGACUCCUGAGAAAGUGAGUGUUACUGUGAACUCUAAAUGCAAUCUUGAUGACGAAGGUGACAUGAGCAAAGGACUCAAAACAGAGGCUAAGCAGGAAAAAGCUCAAGUUGUUGCUAGAGUUUUGAGAUCCAGGGUUGUCCCAGCCAAUGGUAUAGGAGAGGAAACCGACCGUAGGAACAUCAGAGCUUCACUUAGGAAAAGGAAGAGAGGAGACGGUGGGCUAGGAGAAGAGGCAGUCAUUAUUGAUAUUGAAGGUAGCAAUGCAGCGGUUGACUUUGGAAACAUCUGUGAUAGUGGAAAGAGAAAGAGAUCAAUUGAUCACUCUGAAAAUGAGUUAGUUGAGCCAAUCGAUGCCCGAGUUGUUUCCGAAGCUGAUGGUGAUGUGAACAUUGAGCCAAUGCCAAUCCAAAGUUCAGAAAGGAAGAGGAAGCGUGGAAGGCCCAAAAAAUCCAGAGAUCACCUUGAGGAGGAAGUAGUUCAGAUGAAAGAGGUCAAGGCUGUUUCUAAAGUUGAACGCGAAGAUUUGAACAAUAAAUCAGCAAAUACUUCAAAAAAGAAGGAUGGACGUGGAAGGCCGAGGAAGUUUGCUAAUUGCCUUGGAAAGGGCGGAAAUGUUCCUGAUAAAGCUAAAGAUGAAACUAAAGAUACAAGCAAGAAAUCUGAUGGAAAUUCAACACCUAGUCGCAAAAGUGUUAGGGCCAAACGAUCAGUUGAUUAUUGUGAAGAGGUAGAAGCUCAAAGGAGGAAAGUCUUUUUUUCUACAGUUGAUGAAGAAGCUCUAGCCGAAGUUGAGGACAGCGCUGUACACACAGUAAGAAAAUUAAAAAAGAAGGGCAAGCGUGGAAGACCAAAGAAAGAUCUGGGAAACGGUACACUGAAGGUGAUACAUCAUGACAAGGACAAGGGCAAGGUGAAGGAUGAUAGGAAAAUAAAAGUUUCUCUUGCUACAGCUCCUGUCAGAAGAAGCAGACAGGACAUCUGUCCUCCUAGAGUACCAGAGAGGCCUAGUGAUGGAGUACCUUCCAUGAAGAGAAUUUUGUCAGGGAAAAAGGUCAAAUUUGCCGGACUUGAAAAAGACACUGUGGAAAAUUCUUCCAAAGGUAAAGAAACUACAUUUCCUGAAAACAAUACGCCUGUGAAGCGCAAGAAGGUUGAAGCAGUUGGGUCUCUUUCAGGUGAAAAGAAUUCGAUUAGAAAGCAAAUUGUGGAUAUGCUUCUAAGUGCAGGCUGGACAAUUGAAUAUAGGCCCAGAAAUGGCAGGCAGUAUAAUGAUGCAGUAUAUGUCAAUUGUGAAGGAAAAACUCACUGGUCAGUUACAAAAGCAUACAGUACGCUUCAGCGGGAAGUUGAAGAGGGUAAAACUGGCAACCCUAACUUUACCUUUACCCCAUUACCAGAAGAUGUACUGAGAAAAUUGUUUAGAGUUGUAUCUAAGACAAGAUCAGACAAAAACAAGAAAAAGAAGCAUAAAGGGGAUGGUGAUACUUCUGAUGAAGAAGUCAGUGACAAUGAUGCUGCAAUGAAUAAAUCUGGAGCUAAGCGCAAACUUUCUGCUUUGAAAAAGAAGCCAUCAGUCCGGAACGGGACACAAGGUAGAAGGCGGUGUGCAUUGGUGGUGCGCAGAUCUAAUCAGGGUUCAAAUUCAGAGAGUGAUGGAGCUAUUGCUCAUCCUGGGAAGCACAGUGUUUUUGCUUGGAUGAUUGGUUCGGGUAUCGUUAAUCUUGAUGCGAAAGUGCGAUAUAUGAACUGUCCAAAAUCUGAGUCAUUACUUGAGGGAAGCAUUACAAGAGAUGGGAUUCAUUGUUUCUGUUGCAAGGAAAUAAUUUCAGUUCCUGAGUUUGCGAACCAUGCAGGGAGCAAACUUUGCCAACCCUAUGAAAAUAUGUAUGUGGAAAGUGGAUCUUCAUUGUUACAAUGUCAGCUGGAUUCCUGGAACAAACAAGAGGAGACUGGUCGUUUGGGGUUUCAUGGUGUAAAUGUUGAUGGUGAGGACCCUAAUGAUGAUACCUGCGCUAUCUGUGGAGAUGGUGGAGACUUGAUGUGCUGUGAUGGCUGUCCAUCAACAUUUCACCUAAAAUGUUUAAAUUUAGAGGAAGUGCCUUCGGGUGAAUGGCACUGUGUUUAUUGCUCAUGCAAAUAUUGUGGUGUUGGUGGCGUAUCUGCAAAUGCAACCCAGGGAGAUGAUUGUGAUGCAGCCUCUUCACAAUUGGUCACUUGCAAUUUGUGCGAGGAUAAAUAUCACGAUUCAUGUGUCAUUGAGGAGGAUGAUCUUUAUGUCAAACCCAGAAGGCCAGGCUUUUGUAGGAGAAAAUGUGAACAGAUGUCUGAGCGGUUAGAGAGUCUUCUAGGAGCAAAAUGUGAUUUGGGUGAUGGAUUUUCAUGGACUCUACUUAAAAGGUCUGACCUUAAAGAAGAUUCCAUUACCGUGGAACCUCAUAAGAUUCAAUACAAUUCUAAACUGGCCGUGGCUCUCUCUGUCAUGGAGGAAUGUUUUUUGCCUAUCCUUGACCCAAGAAGUGGAGCCAAUCUGAUACGCCAUGUUGUCUAUAGCUGUGGGUCAAACUUUAACCGGCUAAAUUUUAGCAGUUUUUUAACUAUUGUAUUAGAGAAAGGAGAUGAAGUAAUAUCAACCGCUUCCAUCAGAAUUCGGGGGAAGCAGCUAGCAGAAAUGCCAUUCAUCGGAACACGCAAUGUUUAUAGGCGCCAAGGAAUGUGCAGACGGCUACUUUCUGCAAUUGAAAAGGCUCUCAGCUCUCUUGAGAUUGAGAAGUUAGUCAUUCCUGCCAUUCCUGAGCUUAUGCGUACAUGGACCUCAGUAUUUGGUUUCCAGCCUCUUGAAGAAUCUGUCAGAGAAAAAAUGAGAUCAAAGAAUAUGCUUGUAUUUGCGCAUACAGAUAUGCUGCAGAAACCAAUCCUAGAUCACCAACUUGUUGUAAAAAGCACAGCAUCAAUAGAAAAAGACGCAGAUUCUGGUGUGUCUCAGAAUGACUGUUUAGAUGGCGGGGCUGAUAGAACUGUUGCUGAUAAACCCGAGGUUGACGAUACCAGUUUGAAUGGUAAAUUUGACUUGAAUUGCAUUGCUCCUAAUAUUCCCGACUCUUCAUCUGAUGAAAGACGUCCAGCUCAUCUUGAGUCUGAUGCUGAGAACUGUGAGGAUGAAGCGAAAAGCAAAAUGAGUAAUGGGCCAACUUCAAGCGGGAAUGAUAAUGUUCGAGAUGAGGCGUCUAAUCUUGUCAUGCAUUUUUCUGAGGUUAAAACCUUGCAUCCUGACUUGAAUAUGGUUGCAGAAAAUGAGUCUUUGUCUGAUGAGAAAAUUUGUGCUCAUCCUGGUUCUGAUACUUUUCACUCCGACGAGGUAGCAAAAAGUACCUCAAAUUCCUCUGGUCUGACUAAUGUCAAGGGGUUAUGUACUGUUGAAAAUGAUGGUGAUCAAAAUGGGGAUUCUACUGCUGUCAGAAAUUCUGAGGAAAGGACUCAAAAUCCUGACUUGAAUUUGGAGGUCUUGGAAAAAAAUAACAGUUUGCCUUCCAAUUCAGAAAGUGUUGUUGCUGCUACAAGUUUGGAUAGACAAAAACCAGCUGACCAUGAGACACGAGGAGAUGAUAAUCUUCUGAAAGUGACUAACUGCUGUAGCAGUGAAAAUAUGGUCGGGGAAACGGGGACAUCAGAUUUUCAGCCAGUUUUACAAACAGCAGAUUUGCAGUGCUCUGAUGUUGAGACAAGUAAAGUUCCCAAGUUGGUCCCUGAUAAUAGUUCUCUUCCUGAUGGAGUCCAGUUGCCUACUAAAUCUAUGGAGUGUUCUGAAUCUGGGUUAUUAAUAGUGGGCACAAGGGUUGCGCAGGUAACGUCAGAGUCCUCAUGUAACAUGGGCUCAGCUGCUGGUGAGAGCCUUGUUGCUGGCAUGUUUCAUGGCAGCGGUUUUGCUAAGGUUGAUCCAACCAAGUCAUAGAGAUGAACAAAGAUCUGAAGGUGAAAAUUGAAAAGCCAUUGUAUAGUUAUUCUAGUUGGCAGUUUAAUGGACAAAACCACAGAUCACUCUUACAACUCCUUCAUAGCCUGUGCAGUUAGUAAGUUGUAGUUUGGAUGUUCUCCCUUCCCUUUUUUCUUUCUUCCUUUUCUAUCCCCUUUAUGGCAGAAUGCGAGAAGCAAAGCAUCAAAUGAGGAGCACAAGCGGGAUCGUACCUUUACCACAUUGUAUACAUAUUGGCAUAGUAUUAGUUUUGUGACAAUGACCUUUAUCAGUAUAUUGACGGGAAGGCGGAGAAUUUAAUUUCCUUAGGUUGCUGACCAUUUUUUAUGACGCUGAAACACAGCAAAUGUCCACUUGUUUUGCGGAACUGGAAUUCGCCAUCUCUCGGAACCAAACAUUAGGGACGGCCUCACCACUGUCAGGUGAUUCGAACAUUGAUUUGUGGACUUUUGUUGAUUGUACAUUCCUUGAAGAACCUUCUUGUGGGUAGCUAGUAAUAUUGGUUACAUAGGUCAAGGAGGCCAUACA